GCCCCAGAGGGGCAGAUGCGGAGAGAGCUUGUGCGUCAGCUGGCUUCCUUCACUCUCCACCGCGUGCCAGAAGGGGCUGUCUGCAAAGCCCGGUGUUUAAGUGUGGAUCUCUACACUCCUCUGGUUUCUCUCUCUCCUGCCCCAUGUCUUGGAUACAGUGAUGAAGGUAAUUCUGGGCAUGGCAUGCACUCAGCUCUUCCUAAGCGCCGUCCUGUGGGUGAUGCCACUCAUUGGGUCCGUGGUGGUGCCAACCAAUGGUACCAUCUCUCCAGUCCCGGCGGCCACUGGGGCAGCGGCAGACCCCGAGUUUAGUGACCUGCCCAGCAUUAGCAUUCCACGUAGCCGACGGAAGCGGUACAUUUCCUCCAGAGACAUGAGCUCAUUGUUGGAUUAUCACAAUCGUGUCCGAUCGCAAGUCUUCCCUCCUGCCGCCAAUAUGGAAUAUAUGGUGUGGGAUGAGAGACUGGCCAAGUCAGCAGAAUCCUGGGCCUCGCAGUGCAUAUGGGAACACGGCCCACCUCUGGCCAUGAAGUUCAUGGGUCAAAACCUGGCCAUCAGCUCUGGGAGAUACAGGUCCAUACUUGAACUUGUGAGAUCUUGGCAUGAUGAGAAACAUUCCUUCUCCUACCCCAGCCGCUGUGGUGGCUCUGUGUGUUCCCACUACACCCAGAUGGUGUGGGCCAGCACCAACCAAAUUGGGUGUGCCAUCAACAGAUGCUCAAACAUGAAUGUGUUCGGUAGUGUGUGGCGAAAGGCUGUCCUCCUCGUCUGCAACUAUUCAAUUAAAGGUAACUGGGUCGGAGAAGCUCCUUACAGGACGGGGCGACCGUGUUCGGCCUGCCCACCCAGUUAUGGAGGCACCUGCAGCAAUAAUCUCUGUGGCUCUGCUUUAAAGUCCAACAAGAUUACUUGGUUUUAGCGUUACGAUGUCGGUCUGUGUAAUUUCAUUUCGAGACUGCACUGUUAACACAUGAACGAAGCUUGACUUCCAGUAAUACUGAGAUGAAGUGAACCUGAAGGUGGCCUUUUGUAAAUGUCUAGUUUUAUAUCUUGGCUUUAUCCUGUAUGUUCCUAAGAAUUUGCGUUGCAAUACCGCUAUUUAUACAUGGGUGCUUCGUUUUUUUCGCAUUAUUAUUUAAUGACUGUUAUCUGGCGCCGCCUGCUGGAUAUGGUGAUUAUUUUCUUAGAUUUUUACUCCGUUCAAUUAAAGUCCUGACCUUAUCGUUUUCACAAACGUCUGACAGAGAGAAAUAAUAAAGGCAUAUUCUGUGUGGUACAACCAAGUUUUCAGUCGGAUAGAUUUUUUAGAAAAAUCUCAGUAAGAGGUAAUCAAGAAAUCUCUGUUGAGGGACAUUUUUUGUUGUUUUGUCGUGCAGUUCAUUAAAAGGUAAAUAUAAGCUUAGUCUAAAUGGUCAAACUGCUCAUACUCAUGCCUGAUUAUUUAUACUGUAGUAUUGCUGUAUUUGUGGUUCAAAUGACAUAAUAAAUAUAAUUGGCAUUAAGUUCUGCCAGUAAUUUAUAGUGAUCCA